AUGGAUUCAAACGGCCUACCAGCUGCUCCACUUGAAGUUGACUCCAAGCCAAGUGGAGCGGAGUCACCCCAAAAUGAUUACUUCGGCUGGCUUAAGUCCACAUUUUCUCAAUCAGCGGAUGUAUGGAGUCAUAUCAAACGUGAUGUUUCCGAGGUUGCUCAAUCCGUGGCAGCGAGCGAUCCCCUGACUGCUGCCAAGGGAACCGCCACUUCCGUCUAUCGCCAGUUCUCUGACGCUUUUCACAGUUUUCAGCAGGAGGGUGCCAGAGCUGACCCACCUCCAUCUGACCCGAUAAUCCCGAAUGGUAAUUGUCAGCUUCAAUUACUUCAAUUACUUACUUUCUUGCGAUGGGUUUAG